AUGGUCAAAGUUCAAAUUGUCGAGGAGAAGGAGUCCAACUCCCCCUAUGCUUCCUCCUCGUCGUCCAGGUCGUCCAGCUCCGUCUCGCUCUCCUCUGUAGAGUCCGACGUCUCUGUUGACGAGUCCUUUUUCGACCGUGUCGCUGCCCUCAAAGACAUCGUUCCUCCGACGACGCGGCACAGUAUCGCCACCCGUAUUUCAAAGACCGCCUCUUUCGUCAAGAAGAGCUCAAAAGUGAUUGGCAACAUUGUCUGGGUCAUCACAACUUCCGCCCUCCUCGUCGGGCUCCCCCUUGCCCUUGUCGUCGAAGACGAAGCCAAGGCCGUAGCGCAGGAGAAGGAGAUGCUCGAGCAGCAGCAAGGCGCCCAACAGAUGAUGGCCCCUUCUCUCUACCCCUCACAGCCAGGAGCGGAGUCCGGACAGCCAAAAGGGCUCGUGCCGCCAGGAUUCUAA